AUGGCCGACCACACCUCCGCCGCAGCUUCCAUGGAGCUCAAGGAGAACACCGUCAUCGUCGUUCUCGGUGCCUCCGGAGACUUGGCGAAAAAGAAGACUUAUCCGGCGUUGUUCGGUCUGUACCGAAACCAGUUCCUUCCCAAGGACAUCAAGAUUGUCGGAUAUGCACGCACAAAGAUGGACCAUGAAGACUACAUCCGUCGCAUCAGAUCCUACAUGAAGACCCCCACAAAGGAGAUUGAGCAGCAGCUGGAUGACUUCUGCAGCCUCUGCACCUACGUCUCCGGCCAGUACGACAAGGACGACUCGUUCUUCAACUUGACCAAGCACCUCGAGGAGCUUGAGCGGGGCAGGCCCGAGACUCACCGUCUCUUCUACAUGGCGCUCCCCCCCAGCGUCUUCACCAUCGUCUCCCAGCACCUGAAGAAGUGCUGCUACCCCACCAAGGGUAUUGCGCGCGUUGUUAUCGAGAAGCCCUUCGGAAAGGAUCUUGCCAGCUCCCGCGAGUUGCAGAAGUCCCUAGAGCCGGACUGGAAGGAAGAGGAGCUCUACCGCAUUGACCACUACCUAGGCAAGGAGAUGGUCAAGAACAUUCUUAUUCUCCGCUUUGGUAACUCUUUCUUCGGCUCCACCUGGAACAGACAGAACAUCGACAACGUUCAGAUUACCUUCAAGGAGCCCUUCGGCACCGAAGGCCGUGGCGGCUACUUUGACGAGUUCGGCAUCAUCCGCGAUGUCAUGCAGAACCACUUGCUUCAAGUUCUCACCCUGCUAGCCAUGGAGCGCCCCAUAUCCUUCGCCUCCGAGGAUAUUCGCGAUGAGAAGGUGCGCGUCCUCCGUGCCAUGCCCGCCAUCGAGCCCAAGAAUGUUAUCAUCGGCCAGUACGGCAGGUCUCUGGACGGCAGCAAGCCCUCGUACAAGGAGGACGACACUGUCCCCAAGGACUCGAGGUGUCCCACCUUCUGUGCCCUCGUUGCCUAUAUCAAGAACGAGCGCUGGGACGGCGUUCCUUUCAUCAUGAAGGCCGGCAAGGCCCUCAAUGAACAGAAGACUGAGAUCCGCAUCCAAUUCAAGGAUGUCACGUCGGGUAUCUUUAAGGAUAUUCCCCGCAACGAGCUUGUCAUGCGCAUCCAGCCCAACGAGAGUGUCUAUGUCAAGAUGAACUCCAAGUUGCCCGGUCUUAGCAUGCAGACUGUCGUCACUGAGCUGGACCUGACCUACCGCCGCCGCUUCUCCGACCUCAAGAUUCCGGAGGCUUACGAGUCGCUGAUCCUAGACUGCCUCAAGGGCGAUCAUUCUAACUUUGUCCGUGACGACGAGUUGGACGCUAGCUGGAGAAUGUUCACUCCUCUGCUGCACUACCUUGACGACAACAAGGAGAUCAUUCCCAUGGAGUACCCCUACGGAUCCCGUGGCCCUGCUGUCCUCGACGACUUCACCUCUUCCUAUGGCUACAAGUUCAGUGAUGCGGCUGGUUACCAGUGGCCCACCACCUCUGCUCAGGCCCCCAACAAGUUGUAA